AUGGCCGCCGCAGUACCACAGCCACACAAAGUUUUCGAGACGCCUCCAAUCGCGCCGCGGCUGAAAGAGCACCAGAUGGACGUCGAUGAUCCUACUGUUUCAUUCCUUUCCCGUGACGACCCUGCUGAGGUCAUCUCGACCCCGUCGGACGUCGUCUCCUCACCUCCUGACGUCAUCCUAUCGCUCCCCGACGACGAAAAACUUGUCGCUUGUUCGUCGCAGGCUCUGCCUGGCGACGACCUCCCAUCGCACGAGGACGCCUCUCAAGGCGACAUCGCCAUGUCGCCGAGCGACGAUCAUCUAGCACCCGCGCUGUCGCCGUUCCAACCGGAGGCCUUCCCCGCUCUCCUUCCGCGCAACUCCGCGCCGGUACCCCCUCGUGCUCCGCGGUCCCCCCUUCCACCUUGCUCCCACCAUUCGCCGGGCGCGGAGCACGCGGAGCCCGCCGUUCCUCCGCGCGCUGGACCUGCCUCCCCCUCCCCGCAAGCUUUCUCCUCCCCUCAAGCUUUCCUCUCCCCUUAUGUUCCGCGCGGCUAUCUCCCCCUCUCCCCGAAUGUCCCCGUGCCGUACUUACCGGCGUCCCCUGGAAUAUCAUCAGAUAGUUUUGACCAAUGGCGGUUCACGGGCAGCCCGGAAAAAACGACAGCGGGAGCAGCAACGGGCAGCCCGAAGAAGCCAGCCACUAGCAACCUACCCGAUCCCGCAACGGGCGGUCCAAAAAGAUCUCUUCUUGGUGGCUUUAAGAACCUGCGCGGAAACAGCCCCUCUUGUGUAACUGGCGGUUGUGAAGGGGAGGAGUGUGAAGGGGAGGAGUGUGAGGGACGCGCAGAAGCAGAAGGGAUGCGAGAAAGGGACAGCAACGGCUGGGUGGAAGGGGAGAGUGAGGGGAGAGGUUCUGGUGAUGAGGGGAGUGCAGAGGAGGAGGGGCAGUGGCAGCUGGGAGGGAAUGGAGGGAUGAAAGGAGAGAAGACGAGGAGGGUAGGUGGGGGUGUAGCCAGGCGUGGCAGAAAGAGGAGAAGCAGUGGGAGUAGGGAGAGCCAAGGGCGCAGAGCAGAGGGGGGCGGCACGGCAGUUGCAGAAAUAAAGGGUGAAGAGAUCGAUGUGGCUUCACAAGGGCAGGAGGGUGCAGAGGAAGCAGUGCAAGCAGGCCGAGUGGCGGGGUCUGAUGGUGCAGCAGUGCCAAGUGGUGCUUGGGUUCCGCCGGUGUCUCCCUUUGGCCUGAUCCAGUGUUCUUGCACUCCUGCGAAUCAGGUUCUACAGCUCCACAUUCUGGUGCAAAUCUCUGGCAGCCAAGCCUCAUUCCCUACGCCUCCUCUCCUCCGCAAUUCCCCCACCACCUCUUCCUACUCUAAGGAUGCGCUCCAUAAAGUCAUCUGGGACCUAUUCCGCCUCAUCCCCUCCCCAGAGGCAGCCAUAGCAGCACCGACGGCUGAGAUUGCGCGCACCAUCCAGUCCCUGGGGCUGCACAACAAGCGCGCCGCCAUGAUCCAACGGUUCUCAGAGGAGUUCCUGCGGGGCGAUUGGACGGACGUGAGGCAGCUGCACGGCAUUGGGAAGUACGCAGCAGACGCGCAUGCGAUAUUCUGUGAGGGCAGGUGGAGGGAGGUGAGGCCGGACGAUCACAUGCUCAACAAGUACUGGGACUGGCUCAAUCGCACCGAUGGGCUUGGCCUCGCUUUCACUGACACGUGA